GGCCUGUCCCAUGGGCAGCACCUGCAAGGUCUGAGGCCAGCGCUGGAACACCCGCUCAGAAAAGGACGGAGCAUUUCCUUUAAGAAGGCUCCGCCCCGCUCCGCGAAACCCCGCCCAGGGAGAGUCACGUGUUCCUCAGGGAGUGCAGGGGCUGGGCUGCAGCACGGUUUGAAAGCUAGCCGCGCGCCGCCCGAAUAACGAUUUGGCCUGCGACUGGGAUGGCGGUGUUGCGGCCUCAGGACCAGCUGCCUGGCCUCAACACGGCCACCAUAUUGCUGGUGGGCACGGAGGAUGCUCUUCUGCAGCAGCUGGCCGAUUCGAUUCUCAAGGAGGACUGCGCCUCCGACCUGAAGGUCCACUUGGCGCAGUCCCUCCCUCUGCCUUCCAAUGUGACGCGCCCCCGAAUUGACCUGAUUGUGUUCGUGGUCAACCUCCACAGCAAAUACAGCCUUCAGAAUGUGGAGGAGUCCCUGCGCCACGUGGACGCCGCCUUCUUCCUGGGGAAGGUGGGCUUCCUCGCCACGGGCGCCGGGCGGGACAGUCACUGCAGCGUGCACCGGAACACCGUGCUGAGGCUGGCCCAGGCCUACCGGAGCCCCCUGCUCUUCUGUGACCUGGAGGUGGACGGCUUCCGAGUCAGCAUGGCGCAGCGCCUGGUCCGCAUGCUGCAGGUCUGCGCCGGCCACGUGCCCGGCGUGUCGGCCCUGAACCUGCUGUCCCUGAUGGGCACCUCCGAGAACCCCUCCGCAGAGGGCCUGUGACGGUCCCCGGGCCAGCGGGGCGGCUCUCCCGGGGGACCCCGACUCCGUGCUCCAGCGGGGCGUGCUGUGGGGGAGCCCAGCCGUGGGCCCAGCCCCCCUCCCACCCCCACAACCCCACUCACUCACUCGGCUUUAUCCAUCAGACAGGGUCCAUCCCCACUCAGGACUUCCUGUGAACACGGAGCCUGUGGCCAAAACCAGUUGGAACGCCACUGGUCCCAUCCACCGCUUCCGUGCUGCGGAGGAGCUGACUCGGAAGCAUUGAGAGCGGGCGCGGGCACGGGCGGGGGGUCUUGGCCUCGGUGGGCCCACCCAGCCCGCCUCCACGUCUGGGCCUGGCUGUUCUUAGAGCACCUGGUCGUUGCCUCCCGGAGCCUCGGCUUCCCCGGGCGGUGCUGGAGCUCGUGCUCCCUUUCCACGCGUUGGGGGCCCGCACCGAGCGACGACGGGGAGGCCCGAGCUGGCGUCUUCGCUCCCCGUGCUCGCUCGCGCCCGUGUGUUUCUUAAUAAAGUGCGUUACUGCCAGGCGCGCGCUCCAUGAACGGUGACUCGCCGGAGAUCACGCCGAGCUGAGUGCUGAGUUCAGAAACUGGCGCACGUCCAGGGCGACCCACUGGGUCCCUCCGCUUGUGAGGACCAAGCGAGAGGGGCUGGCUGCGGGGCUGGCGGCCGGAGGCUCUGCGUGCCUUGCACGCCUUCGCCCUGGGGUCCGAUUGAACCCGAGAAUCCUGCCGGCCGGCCGGGCCCUGCCCUCCCCUGUGGCUGCUGCGCCCAGGGGAGCCUGGGGGGUGGGGGGAGCGGGAGGUCUGGUGGGAAAGAACCGGGUCCUGGCUCCCUUGGGGCAGGGCCUGCCCUGCACCCCCCAGGCAUCGGGAGGGCCCCGCCAGAGCCUUGGGCAGCGCCGGCCCCUGAUCUUCAUUGGCCGGCGGGUCAGCUGCAACUCGUUCCCGAGAUCACGGCUUCUUUCCCGUGGCCUCCUCCGGGGACCCAGCCCGGCGCCCCACCCCCAGUGCUCAGGUUCACGGACACCUGCCUGUCUGCGGGGCAGCCUCACAGGAUGUUUCGGUCGAGGCCCCAAAUGUCACUGGACAUGUGGCAGGGCACUUCACGCUCCACGGAGCUUUCCUCGCACGGUCGCUCCCGCCGCCUCCCGGCAGACCUGUGAGGUCGGCCUUUCUCAUUUCACAGCUGAUGAAACCGGGACCUGUAGUCCGAGGCGUGUCCGCAGUCGGAGCCCAGCAGCAGCAGGGCCGGCCCCCCGGCCCUGGCUGCAACCCUCUUCCCCCAGGGGUUUCCUUAGGCGGCUAGUUGCUGAACAGAG